AUGCCGAGAGUUCAAGAUUCUACCAAUAGGGAUAAGAUACGUAAACAUGCAGAAGAAGAGUUCAAAAGAGUAGACAACCUCUACUUCUCUGCUUGGUUAAAGCAUGUAUGUGACUCAACAAUUCUUAAGAAAGAGUUAAGGAUAGCAGACAUAAGAUUAAUGGAGCCUUUGAUUAAGGGACCUACAAGUAUGGACUACCUCUGGAAUGUAUAUCACACAACAAUUCUUAAGAAAGAGAUAAGCAUAGCACACAUAAGAUUAAUGGAGCCUUUGAUUAAGGGACCUACAGAAAAACCUUCAAUAACAAUGUCUACAGCUCGUACCGUUAUUGGCAUUAUAGGCAAUGUCAUCUCUUUUGGCUUAUUCUUCUCACCAGCUCCAACGUUCUACAAGAUUAUAAAGAAGAAGGAUGUGGAGGAGUUCAAGCCAGAUCCUUACUUAGCUACGUUGCUGAAUUGCGCGUUUUGGGUAUUUUAUGGAUUACCUUUCGUGCACCCGAACAGCCUUCUAGUGGUUACCAUCAAUGGCGUUGGCCUUUUAUUCGAAGUUGUCUACCUUGCCCUAUUUUUUACCUAUGCCACCAACAAAGGACGGAAAAAGGUGCUAUAUUGGCUUCUCGCCGAGGCUGUGUUCUUUGGUGUCAUUAUUGGUGUUACAUUGGGGCUUAGGCACGGAACUCACGAUCGAUCGUUAGUGGUUGGCAUUGUAUGCGAUAUCUUCAAUAUUUUGAUGUAUAUCUCUCCACUUACAAUCAUGGCACAGGUUAUAAGAACUAAAAGUGUGAAAUACAUGCCGUUCUGGCUCUCUUUGGCUAACUUCCUUAAUGGUGUCUGCUGGACAUCAUAUGCUCUACUGCACCCCUUUGACCUUUAUGUCCUGAUCUCCAACAGUAUUGGAUCAGUUUCUGGACUUGUUCAGCUCAUACUAUUUGCUUACUACUACUUCUUCGGAGUAAAGGAUGAUAGCACAACUGAGAAUGAUGCUUCCAAGCCAACUGAGAAUGCUUCCAAGCCAACUGAUAUUAGUCCAGUUUGA